AUGUUACAACAAAAUCUAUUCGGAAUUCACUAUUUUUUGUUAUCCGUUCUUUUUUUCAAAAUGGACAAGUUCAAGAGCAAGUUCACUUGUUUUUCAAAGGACAGAGACCAUCUUUCCGCUGCACAAAAGUUUUGCGAGACUGAGAAAAAAGAUGAACUAAGCAAAGCCGUUUUUAAUUUCAGACUCAUGGUAAUACAAAUCAAUCUGGAGACAAACUUAGCCGAAUUUAAUGUUGAUGGACCUCAAUAUAAUAAAAAAACCACCUUAAAACAUCAACUAUCAAAAGAUGUAUAUCUCGCUACGGAGGCACAAAAGGACCUCAGUCAUCCAAAAUUAUUUCUAGCUCAAAUUCAAGACAAAUUUUCUGAAGUGAGUAGACUCAAGAAGUCGCCAAUUUUUACCAAAAAGUCAGAGCUUAAGACAAAAGAUACCAAGUUCUUUGUCGUUGAGAACUACAUCCAAUUGAUCGAAAGAGACUACAAGCUUUUCCAGGAAUUCCAAGAAUAUAGAAAAACCGUGCUGAAAUCACUAUGCAACAAUCUCAAUACUUAUGAAAAAAAGGUAUGGACCUUCUCGACAAGUAAAAAAAUCAAAGAAGAUAUUGACAGGUAUAAUCCACUAGAACGCCCAUCUGAGGAUUUUCGAAAGGCUAGUGGAGAUGCCAAACACUACAAAUUGCAAAUGCAGCUUAUCGCCGGUCGCAUAAUAAAGUAUCAUCGAUUGAUAUUUGAUUCGCCCCUUCUCAGGGUUGAGAAGAUGACUCUUUCGACCAUACCCAAUAUUUCAGACGACGAAGACUCGUAUUCAUGA